ACAUUAACAUGAAUAGUGAACUUUAUCAUUCGAUAGAUACUAUCCGUCGGGAUAGUCAAGUGUUGGGCCACCUUCCAAAAUUAUUGGUGGCUAAUCGCGGGGAAAUAGCUAUUCGAGUUUUUCGAACUGCUCAUGAACUUUCAAUGAGAACUGUCGCUAUUUUCAGUCAUGAAGAUCGAUUGUCAAUGCAUCGUUAUAAAGCCGAUGAAGCUUAUCAGAUAGGUGACCCGAGCAAGCAUACCCCUGUCGGAGCCUACCUUGCCCAAGAUGAAAUAAUUCAAAUUGCAAAGCUGAAAGGUGUAUCAAUGAUUCAUCCCGGUUACGGUUUUCUUUCGGAAAAUGCUGAAUUUGCAAGAAAGGUUGAAGAGGCUGGAAUCGCUUUUAUUGGCCCUACGCCUGAUGUUAUCGAAAAAAUGGGUGACAAAACUAAAGCAAGAGAAAUUGUUCCAGGCACUCGGGGGCCAGUUUCCACACUUGAUCAAGCUAAAGCCUUCAUAGAGGAAUAUGGCUUUCCGAUUAUUAUUAAGGCGGCAAUGGGUGGCGGUGGGCGUGGAAUGAGAGUGGUUCGUGAUUUAGAGUCUCUUGAGGAUUCGUUUAACCGUGCAAAAUCUGAGGCUUUAGCUGCUUUUGGCGAUGGAACUGUUUUCUUGGAACGUUUCUUGGAUAAACCAAAACAUAUUGAAGUUCAAUUGUUAGCUGAUAAAGAAGGAAAUGUAAUACAUUUAUUUGAGCGUGAUUGUUCUGUACAAAGGCGUCAUCAAAAAGUAGUUGAAGAUUCUGUGCGUGAAGCGAUCCUUAAUGAUGCUGUAAAACUUGCAAAACAUGUGCAUUAUCGAAAUGCUGGUACUGCUGAAUUUUUAGUUGAUCAACAUAAUAGACAUUAUUUCAUUGAAAUAAAUCCCCGAAUUCAAGUUGAGCAUACGAUUACAGAGGAGAUCACUGGUAUUGAUAUAGUUGCCGCUCAAAUUCAAAUCGCUGGUGGUGCUCUUCUCACUCAUCAAUCGCUUAUACAAAAUCGUGUGCAAAUUCGUGGUCACGCUAUUCAGUGUCGUGUGACAACUGAAGAUCCUGCUCAAAACUUCACACCAGAUACUGGAAAAAUUGAAGUUUAUAGGUCGGCUGGUGGAAACGGCGUUCGAUUAGAUGGUGGUGCCGGCUAUGUUGGUGCAGUAAUUACUCCUCAUUAUGAUUCUCUAUUAGUGAAGGUUACAUGUUGGGGAAAAACUUAUGAAAUUGCCAGAAGAAAAAUUCUUCGUGCCUUGGUCGAAUUUAGGAUCCGUGGCGUAAAGACAAAUAUACCUUUCUUACAACGUUUAUUAACCCAUAAUGCAUUUGCUAAUGGGAAUGUGUGGACAACUUUCAUCGACGAUACUCCUGAUCUUUUUAGGCUUGUAGGAAGUAAGAACCGUGCUCAAAAAAUUUUGAAAUAUUUGGGUGAUGUGGUUGUCAAUGGAAGCAGCAUUAAGGGCCAAAUUGGUGAACCUUCAUUUAAAAAACCGUUAUAUCUUCCGACCAUCCGCUCCCAAGAUGGUUCCGAGUCUAUUGACAUAAAUAAUUCCCCUGAUCAUGGAUGGAGACACAUAAUUCUAGAACAAGGACCUGAUGCAUUCGCUAAAGCUGUCCGCAAAUAUGACGGUGUAUUAAUCAUGGACACUACAUGGAGGGAUGCCCAUCAGAGUUUGUUGGCGACUAGAGUCAGAACUGUUGCUCACGCGCUUGCAAAUGCUUAUUCCCUUGAAAUGUGGGGUGGUGCAACUUUUGAUGUUUCUAUGAGAUUUUUGUACGAAGAUCCUUGGGACCGUUUGACUAAAUUACGCAAGCUUGUUCCAAACAUCCCUUUCCAAAUGUUGCUUCGUGGUGCAAAUGCUGUGGGUUAUACUUCAUAUCCGGAUAAUAUCAUAUAUGAUUUUUGUAAAAAGGCAAAGGAUUAUGGUGUGGACAUUUUUCGUAUCUUUGAUUCUCUCAACUAUGUUGAAAAUAUGAAACUAGGAAUUGAUGCUGUGAGAAAGGCUGGUGGUGUAAUAGAAGCUGCAAUCUGUUACACGGGUGAUGUUUCUAAUCCAAAAAAAACAAAAUAUGAUAUUAAUUAUUACUUAGACUUAACACAAGAGUUAGUUGAUGAGGGAAUUCAUGUUCUCGGUAUUAAGGACAUGGCUGGUUUGUUGAAACCAGAAGCUGCAAGUAUUUUGAUCGGUAGUAUAAGGAAAAGGUGGCCUGAUCUACCAAUUCAUGUCCAUACACACGAUACAGCAGGAACUGGCGUUGCCAGUAUGUUGGCAGCCGCUAAAGCAGGAGCAGAUGUAAUUGACUUGGCUAUUGAUAGUAUGUCUGGUGUAACUUCUCAACCAUCUAUGGGUGCCGUCGUUUCUGCGCUCGAACAUUCUGACCUUGGUACAGGUAUUAGAUUGGAAAAUGUACAUGCAUUGAAUGAAUAUUGGGAACAAGCACGCAAAUUAUAUAGUUGCUUUGAAUCGGGAGUUUUAAGUGGUGAUUCUUCAGUGUACGAACAUGAGAUGCCUGGUGGUCAAUACACAAAUUUAAUGUUUCAGGCCUCGCAGUUGGGUCUCGGUAAACUAUGGAAAGAAAUCAAGAAAGCUUAUGCUGAGGCCAAUAAACUAUGUGGAGAUAUUAUUAAAGUGACACCUAGUUCAAAAGUCGUAGGAGAUCUUGCUCAAUUUAUGGUUACUAAUAAAUUGACAUAUGAUGACGUCAUUGAGAAGGCAAACAAUAAUAAUAUCUCAUUUCCGGUUUCGGUUGUAGAGUUUUUCCAAGGUUAUCUAGGACAACCAUAUGGUGGAUUUCCUGAACCACUUCGCUCAAAUAUCAUCCGUGAUCUUCCGCGGAUUGAUGGUCGACCUGGUGCAACAAUGCCACCUUUGGAUCUUGAUGAGCUUAAAAAGACUUUAAUAGCAAAAUAUGGUCGGUCCAUUCGCGAUGUUGAUGUAACCUCUGCAGCAAUAUAUCCAAAAGUAUUUGCAGAAUAUUGUGAACAACUUGAAAAAUAUGGAGAUCUCUCAGUAAUCCCAACAAGAUAUUUUUUGGGCAAGCCUGAGAUUGGCGAGGAAUUCUGCAUAGACCUCGAAGAGGGUGUUACCCUAAUAAUAAAAUAUUUGGCUAUUGGGCCUCUAAAUACAGCUACCGGAAAGCGAGAUGUAUUCUUUGAAUUAAACGGUGAAGCUAGAGCCGUUGGUGUAGAUGAUAGAAACGCUGCUGUUGAACAUGUCCAUCGUAAGAAAGCUGAUCUAGGAAAUCCUGGUGAAAUUGGUGCACCAAUGUCUGGAGUAGUCAUUGAAAUAAGAGUAAAAGAAGGAGCUGAUAUUAAAGAAGGAGAUCCGAUAUGUGUUCUUUCAGCAAUGAAGAUGGAAACAAUAGUUUCAGCACCAGUUUCCGGCAAAGUUGAACAUUUAGAAGUUAAAGAAAGCGAUUCAUUGUCAGCGGGAGACUUGAUUGUUAGGAUAACAAAUGAGUUUAUAGUUUAA